CUUUCAUGCUCCUCGGACACGUUCCUUUCGAUUUCAACAAGGCUGGAGAGUGAACCGAGUGUAUGUCAGAGCGGCUCAACAUUCUUGGACAUGGUUUCACCACGACCCCGCCCGGAUACGGGACACGUGGACUGUUUAGCUUGUUGGUUGUGGGUAGCUUACAUACUUGCAAUACACAUGCAUAUGUUCGGUUACUCCAAAAAAAUUACCACGCAUAGCUCACGUGGCAGAGCCACACCAGAUUCCCUUCGCUUGUAGCUAAAAGGGACAGGUCCAUUCAAGGGAGCUUGGGAGAUAGUUAUUAUAAGACGGAA